AUCGCUAUUGCUUCCUGUAUCAGAGGUCACCACGUGUGGUGCUGCUGUGCUGCAUGUGUUUACAACAGCAGCUGCAGUGACUUCAAUACAUUUUGACUUUACUAUGUAUAUUAGUUAGUUGCCAUUCGACCUAUAUUACAACACUGUAUUUAAAACACAGCAACAUGCCCCGAGAUAUAUCAGACAGCAGCGGGGAUGAGGACGUAACACCAGAGGCGCAGAAGAAGCGAAUUCUUUAUGAGUGCCCUGAAGAUUUCACGGCCACUUCCUACACCCCGUGUCUGGGUGCACAGGGAAGCACUGUAUUCGAUGGCAACAAGGAACUCUGGCUCAUCAAGGCGCCCUCCAACUUUGAUUCCCGAAGGCUCUCCGGGAUGAAGCUUCCCCUGAUGGGCUUGCAGUCGGUCCAGACGGCUGACCCUGGCACCACCGGCGCCGCUCAGCAGCAGAUCCUCAGCAUUCUGGGCCGCCGCUCCACCCCCACCACGGGCUUCCGCCUCCUCACCACCGACCCGAAACGGCUUGACGCUCACCUCUGCGCGCCUGCCUUCUCUGGCAUGCUGAACAUCUCCGAGAGCUACGGAGACUGCAGCUCCAACCAGGGGCCCAUACCUGUGCCGGCUGCCCCAGCGCCGUGUCUCCCGGACGGGCUACGGCAGCGCUUCUUCCCCUUUGGCAGUGGCAGGCCAGUCAUCACUACCACACCGAUGGAGGAGGAGGGCCCCGAAGAGGCGAGCGCACCCACACACUUGCCCAGAACGGCCUACACAACAGCGGUGGACAGUGCCAUUCCCCCAGCAGCCGUGAUGGUGAAGCAAGAGAAGGAGCAGGAGACGCCAAGGAAGAGGAAAAAAGACAAAAGGGUGAAGAUGGAGGUGGGGGAGGCGGCCGUUCCCGAACCCGCCCCCGAACCCGUCGCCUUUCCCCUCCCAGUGGUCGUGAAGGUGGAGAGGCCAGACCUAGGCACACAGGCGUCCGAGGAGAGGAAGGAGAAAAAGAAAAAGAAGAAGAAAGACAAGGAGAAAGAGAGGGAGAGGGAUGGAGAGGCGGAGGUAGAGACUGUGGUGGUAAAGACUGAGAGGGUGGGAGACGCUUAUGUAGUAAUCAAACAGGAACCUGGCGAGCCGGCCCCCAAGAAGAAGAAAAAGAAGAAAUCCAAAACGGAUGAGUAGAUGCUAUGUAUUUAAUUAUUCAUAUUUUUUAGCAUAUUAUUGCCUUGUAAACAUGUUCUGCAUUUGCUCUGUUUGUUACCCAUCUCAAAAGAAUGUGAACACUGAAAGGACAGAGUGAUGAGGAUGCUGUUAUUGAAAUCUGCAUCACUUGUCUUCUACUGGAUGGUUGUACUGUAUUUGUCUCUAAAUCCUGAAUAAUUCCCUUAAACUGUCUAAAAGUCA